UUGAAAAGCCAAAUAAAAAAUUCAAGAUGGCAGCCUCCAUGGAAAAGGUUGAAAAUGUGAACGAAUUUAAAGAAAACGAAGCAUCUAAUAUACCAUUUUCGACUCUAAACAUGAUGGAACUGCUGAUGGGCCCGAAUAAGAAGAAGUCAAGUGACGAAAUAAGAACAUUCGGGAUUCCACAUCCAUUUAAACAGAAAAACGAAUUAUUGGUUGAGGGUGUUUUCGAGAGCUGUACAUUCAAAACUGUAAUUAGUUGUGUUUUAGGUUUUGGAUUAGGAGCAGCAAUUGGCCUAUUUGCUGCAAGUGUGGACCCAGUUGACCCCGAUAAAUUAGCUAAACAACGAGCAAGAGAUGUCCUUAAAGAUAUGGGAAAGAAAAGUUUUUUUCAUGCUAAGAAUUUUGCAGUUAUUGGUGCUAUGUUUGCAGGUGUAGAAUGUCUUGUUGAAUCGCAUCGGGGGCAGAGUGAUUGGAAGAACAGCCCGAUAGCUGGUUGUGUAACAGGGGGCGCCAUAGGUCUAAGAGCCGGAAUUAAACCAGGUAUGCUAGGCUGUGCUGGAUUUGCAGCUUUUUCCAUGGCCAUUGACUAUUACCUACAUCCUCAUUGAUCCAAGUGCAAUAUGGGAAAUUUGUAAACCUUAUGGAUUAUAAUCAACAGUCAGCACUCGAUGUCAGAUAUGUAAUCUAUGAUUAAUACAAAGCAAAAUAAGCUUAUUGUGUUGUUAAAAGCUCAACUAAAACAAGACUUUGCAGACUUUUAUUCUGAUUCCUUCAGAGAGAAAUAUGAAAACAACUAAAUGUUUAAAAGAUAGUUUAAACAGCUUGUUUUGUUUUUAUACUACGAUAUUGAAUGUUAAUAUUUGUCUUCUGCAUUCUGAUGAAAUAUACCAAAACACUACUCUUACCGGUACAGGCAAUAUCCUUGCAAAAAUAAUGUAUAAAUACAUACAGCGUGCAUUCAUACAGUUCUCAACUUGAUCUCAUCAUUUUACUAAGUACUGCACAGUAAAUGGAAAUUUUCUGUAGUUUGUUGCAAAGUAUUUGUAAAUGUAAAAACAGCAUCCAUCUAAAUGAUUUCAUUCACACUUGGUUAGCGAUUUUUUGAUUGCUGCCCAGUUGGAGAGUGCCCCUUUUGAUGGGUUGAAUAAUAAAUCCUGGUAGUAUUUUUCUCCAUUUUUAUAUGCACAUAAUUUGGUUGAAUUUCCUUAACACUACGGAAGAUCUAUACUGAAAUUGACAAUUGGACACAUAAUGUAACAGGGAGAAUCAAUGGAGGAUCUAUGGUGGGGCACUUAGAGAUUGUGCUUAUUGAAAUAUGGUACUCAAAAACACUAUUACUGUAGUUUAUUAGAGUAUUUAAAUGGAAAAUUGCUGAAAAUAAAGUAUUUUAUUCCCACACA